GCCUGUGUGAGUCAGUUAUGUGCUGCAGGACAGGCCGCCCUCGCUGGUCUGAUGUACUUCAUCAGAGACUGGAGACUGACUCAAAUGAUCACAGCAUCCCUACUUGCUGUCGUUGCGAUUUACACAUGGUUUAUUCCAGAGUCAGCCAGGUGGUUGUUGGAAAGAGGAAGGACAGAAGAGGCUAAACAGCUGAUUACCAAAGUGGCAGCCAUCAACAAACGCACUGCCCCAGAGUCUCUGCUGGGAAACGUAAUCAUUGUAAAGAAAGAAAGUGAGAACAAGGGAGGCCUAAUAAUCCUUAUCCAAUCAUCUGUGCUUAGGAAGUAUUUCUUCACCAUAACAUUGGCAUGGUUCUCAUUGAAUGUUACCUACUUCUGCCUUUCAUUCAAUGUGGGACAUUUUGGCUUGGUUGUCUUCCUGACACAGCUCAUGUUUGGUGUGACAACUCCCGGCUCACAUGCUUUGCAUCUGGCUGUUGGAGACUUUGGGGAGGAAAGUGUCCCUGAUGUCCACUCUGCUGACAGGGGGAUUCUUGUGCGUCCUAAUCUUAGCUGUUCCCCAAGGUAACGAUGUCGCUGUCACCACUUUAGCAAUAUCAGGACGUUUUUUCAUCAACUGGUCCGGAUCCAUAUGCAACGUGUACGUUCAGGAGCUGUUCCCCACAUCCUUUCGUGGAACGGUCCCCCCGGGGGUUCCAGCCGGGUACCUGUUCUACUCUGUCUCCCCUUCUGGAGCCCUCAGUAGGCAUCUGGGUUGCCGCUCUCACCAUCCGCCGCCCACCGCACGGUCUCCAGAGGAGGAGGCCAUUUCGUGGUCGUCCGGCGGCGACUCACUGGGAGCGUGUGAUGGGCCUUGCGGUCCGGCUCCAGGCCACCUACUCCCUUCCCGCUGGGCCGCCGCAGCGAUCUCCCGUUCCCGCUCCCCGACUAGCUCCUCCGGCCCCGAGACUACUCCAGGCCCCGACUCGGCCAGUACCGGCCCCGAGACUCCAGGCCCCGACUCGGCCAGUACCGGCCCCGAGACUCUCAGUCCCGACCCCGACUCAGCCAGUACCGGCCCCGAGACUCUGGGCCCCGACCCCUCCAGUCCCGGCCUCGAGACUCAUGACUCCGAUGCCUCCGAUCCCAGCUGCCCGACUCAGGUUCCCUCCCUCCCAUCCCGUGGUCCUCUCCCUCCCUCCCGUUGGCGAUUUGAGGGCCGUCUGGGAUCCGGCCCUUGAGGAGGGGGUCCUGGCAGGGGGUCCUGGCAGGGGUUGC